AUGGAUGGAGAGGAGGAGAACGUCGGGCCGUUCCGUCGGACCAGCGCCCGCACGCGCCGCAUGGCCACACGCAUGGCGUCCGCGCUCGCCAGCUCUGACAACCGCGCCCAGGCUGCAUUAGCUCGCCUUGAAGCUCUUGAGAGUGAUAAUGCCGGGGUUGAGGUGGUAGAUCUUAAUGAUGAUGAGUAUGGAUCCACGGACGAGGAAGACCCGGUCCUCAUGCAAAAAAAGCAGUCCAAGAUUAUGAAACGCAAGACAAGGCAGGGGAAAGCUUUGGAGAAGAGGGCGGCAAGAUCAUUCAUGGAUGUCUUACAAGAAGUAUCCUCGCUCGAGCAGGCUAGCCUUGACGGCGACAUGGCGGCCGCCAACCAGGUCAAAGUAAGUGGUUCGCUCUAUUUGCCCUGGAUCCGAGUCGAAUUAAAGGAGGAUACCCCCGAAUCAAAAUUCACAGCAAUGAUUCGUGUAAAAGCGCCACCGGUACGUAGCAAUGCGUUCCCCAUACACCUAGUUGUGGCGCUCGAUGUCUGUGGUACAACGGGCCAGCCGGCAACAGGACCAAGGUUGGACCUGCUGGAGAUGAUGAAGUUUAUCAAACGAGAGUUCAAGUCACAAGGUUCGCAAUCAAAAAAAAAGUCACAAGGUUCACAUGCACACGCGACACGACACGAGGUUGAUGUCGCGACUGCAACGGAACUGGUGCCCAUUGCCAAUUGGAUAUCUGCGCAUAUGAGCACGGGUGGAACUGACCUUAAACCAGACUUGCAGCGCACCCUCGAGGCCCUGAAGACUUCCGUGAAUCAUGUUGGCUUCAUCAUCCUCGUGUCGGAUGGAGAGAGCAAGUUUGACAGUGGUUUUGAUUUUGAAAAAGAAUUUGGAGGGUACCCGCCGGUCCACGCCUUCGGCUUGGGUAGGAAUCAUGACCCCAAGGUUCUGUAUGAUAUCGCCAAAGCAUCCAGAGGAACCUACUCCUCCGUUCCGGUUGCGGACACCAACAAGGUCAAGGAAGCCAUCGCCUUGUGCUUAGGCGGUCUCAAGAGUGUUGUCGCCAUCGACACGUGCGUCAAAAUCAGCGUGCCCGACGACACAGCAACAGCAGACACCCUUAUUAUUCAAGGCAUGGAGAUGGUAGAUAUCCAAUCGGGGGGGCACGGAAAGGAAAUCAAGAGCAAGGGAAAGGAAGGCAAGAUUUCCGUCGGCGUCCUAUACGCUGGUGAGGAGAAGGACUUCAUCGUCCGCCUUCAAUUUAGGAGCACUACGAGCGGCAACAUGCGAACCCGGUCGUCUGUUCUUACUGCUGCUGUGGAGUACUAUAAGGAUAUUUCAAGCAAGCUGCAGCAGAGGGCCCCUACUGUCACCGAAGAAUACAAGGUGCGGCUCCUAGUCACAUCAAGCAAUGCCAGGGAAGCGUACAAAGAUUUAGAGCGACAGGCUCCCAACUCCAGGGUCCUGCAACAGAUGAUCUUAUUCGAGGUGGUGCAAAUGCUGCUCAGCUUUGCGGAGGAGGAGGAGGAGGCCAAGGCCAAGGCCAAGGCGGAGGCCAAAACCACCACCAACAUUAAUGAUGCGAAUGUGGGAAACCUGCGAAAGAGGUGGGACGACAAGCUAAAGAGCCAAGGAAAUCUACUGCGGAUGGCCCGGGAGAAUGACCUUGUCGACCUGCAGCGAAUCGACGAGGCCAUGGCUGCGAUGGUCUCGAGCCUAGAGGGAGGCUCGGGGUUGGGCUGCAUCUAUUCCUGGGUGUCGAGCUGCCAGAUGCAGCGCGCCACCACCACGGGUCUGCCAGUGCCACCGCCGUUCCGCCUGACGCGAGCCAUGGAGGCGGCGGCGCGCAACGUGUUCGACAAGUGGGACGAAAGUCGUCGCCGCGACGCAGCAUCCAUCCUCGAGACGUUGAACUUCGGGAACAAAGUGCACGAGGCCGUCAAAGCAGCGAUCGAGGGUGGUGGUACCCGGACGACCACCACCACUUCCGGCAGCGGCGACAAUAAGGAAAUGCCCGCCGCCGCCACCACCCUGGAUGAUGAUCUCAAGGACGACAUCAAGUCUACGAUUGCCAUACGGCUGUUCGACUGCUGCAUCGAGUUAAAGAAAAGCAGUUCCAAAGACGACUCGCUCAAAAUAUACAAGGCCGCCCAAGUAGCCAUCAACUAUUGGCGCCGCGUCCAGGGAAAAUCACUUCCGGCACCGGCAGCCAGUGAAGCGGCACCAGGCACCAGCCCAUCCUCAGCCUCCAGCCCACCUGCAGGUACCCAGGCGGCGGGCGGCCACCACAAGAAACAGUGCUGA